GGGAGGGGCAAAGAGGGGUGCUGGAGCUGACAGCAGGCGGAGGGAGGGUGGUGACCUCACUGGGCCGGCAUUGCGAACAGGGGGCCAGGGUUGUUGUUACAGCGGGCUGUACUGCACUGUACUGGAGCAGCACCCACGCCUACGCCACGCUGAGACCUGAUAGGCCAUGGACGUUGAGUGAGGCGACGAGGCUUCCUUUUCGUUUUUUGUUGCGAUUUUGCCUAUUCUUUUUUCUUUUCUUCUUUUCUUCUUUCCUCGACAUCUCCCUCUAUUCAUCCACCACACCAGAAUACAUCUAGAAAAAUGGGGUGGCUGGGGACUGGCCCAGCGGGAGGGCCGUCCAAGCGUGGCGGCAAAAGGCGGGGGUGCCGAACAAACAAUGGAAAGCCUGCGUGUCCACCCUGCUAAGGUUUUGCUGUAACGGGAACCUGUAGCGCCCUACCACAGCGCAUUCCACAGCCCUACAGUAGCAACAGCCGUCAUCCAGCUGGCUAGCGUAAUUGGGGCACAACGCACUAACAACACCAGCAAUACACACUGGUGACUAACAACGCACACUGGUGCUGCUGCUGUUGCACAGUAAUGUACCCAACGGCUAUCACGCGUCCUAAGACCGCCGUAUAGAUUCAUAUAAAACUCGCCUCACCACCACCACCAGCUUUGCCUCAUUGCCUCACUUAUGCACGCAUGCCCUCACUUCCUCACUCACCUACAGAUACCGAGCCAGCCAAAAUGCACGCACCACAUAUUUUGCAUUUCCCAUUGGCAUAAACCACCGCCAGCACAUCCAAUAUAGUCUCCUCUCACUGCAUACAAACCCUCUUGGCAGGGCACCAGAUGCCAAGUUGCCUUUUUGUCUUUUGUCUGCACAGCCCCUCCCGUCCUGCGCACCCUUGGCUGCGUUAGUUGGGUUUUAGUGGCCGCCUGCGCCGCACUCUUAGUAGGAGCAGAAGCUGCGCCACAUAAUGCCCAACAAAAUCGCCUCCAAGGUUUACGUGCCUGUAGAAAAAAGGACUGUAGCAAUUUCUAUGCUAAAUUCUGAUAAACAAAAUCCAGUAGCCAUUCUGUGUAAACAAACUGUAGUCAUUAAAACGAUGGCAGUCCAGACUCAUACAUCACGUGAGGGCGGGAGCAGCAUCUUGUCGCCAACGAUAUAUACCUCUCUCAUCUACACAUACUGUAACCGGGAAAUUCGCCAUUUCCUACAUAGACGUCAUAUUCCUGAUUUCCAAUUCAUUCUUAUUAAAGGCACCAUCUUCAUCGCUCUCAAUAGCCGCCUGCUGCUGCUACGGUUGCUACUACACCCAACGACCCAUUCAGCAAACGUCUUCCCAAUUCCCCGCAUAUGCCAACUUAAAAAGACACUCACCAACCGAUGUAAACCUUGUCAAUCAAUUCAAGCAUAUCCUGCUUAACCUAAAACACAUUGGCCAUCCAUUUCCCCUUUCCAUCCAUCGGCAAUUCUCACGAUCGGCCCCCCUUCGUCGUCAUCGCCAUCGUCAUUGCCCACCGCCAAUGAAACAUUCUGGACCAGUCCAGUACUUUAGACUAAGCUCGCUUGCACACCCGAUCAAGCCCCCUUCGUAACAAACAAAAAAGCCGUACCUUCUACAAAGGGAUAUACUUAAAACAUAAUCUAUUACUUAACUGCAUGGAACGUCAUGACGAACGAUUGGCAGGCGAUCGUCCUCGUAUCUGCCCAUGCGUCCAGGGUAUGUACCUCUGUCAUUCCCCCGCAGCAGCAUGUGCCGUGAUACCACUUCUAUACCAGCAUCCUGCUCUCAUAUUCUUCACUAAAUAAUUGCAUAAAAUCAAGACCACGUCAUUCUAUUCACCACAUUUUAUCCUAUUUUCUUCCGAUUUUUAUCAACGACAAACAUACGACUACCAAAUAGCCUGAAGGUAUUACGUUUUUUGCUCAUCGUCCGGUACAGACCCACCUUCGACCAUCCCGAUCAGGAAGGCAGCCAGGUGCUGAAACCCCGCCCUUCCCCAGCUCCAUAGGACGCAAAAAAGGACCACCAAACGGCAAUCGGCACCCGGGGCCUUGUCUGUUGUGGCAGGACAAUCCAUCCCAUUGUACCUUUUGCCACGCAAUCGUCAUUUUCUAUUUAAAUGCCCAGGCAACCGCACAUCUCUCUGUCAUCAUCAUCACAAUCAUAGUCAUCAUCUCACUACUCUCGUCAACCAACCCAACAAUCUCUCAUCAACCAUGAAGGUCACCGCUCUCGCUCUCCUCGCCGGCACAGCAGCCAGCGCAACCGUGCUCUCGCUGCCCGUCCAGCAAAACAACGACGCCCCCACAUCCAGCAACCGUCUCUCCAUCAUCGAGCCCAUUGAGUCCUUCCGCCCUCUCUCCAGCGAAGCCUUCUCCCACACCGUCUUCACCAUCCCCACGGGCCCCGGCCCCGUUGUCACAACUACCGACCAUGCCAGUCUCCCCAUUGGCACUGUGCCUACACCUAGUGAGGAGACAAGUGCACCGGCCUCCAAGUCCAUGACACGCUCGCACUCGGGCCAGUCCUUCUCCAGCAUCCCUACCCCGACUGCCUCAGGCGCCUCGGGCACAGGCUCCAAGACUGGUGCUACUAACAGUGGCACGGCGGCUCCUAGCUCAACGUCUGGUGCGGCGGGUGCUCCCAGAGCUACUGCUGGUGCUGUGGCUGGACUUGUUGGCCUCGUUGCCGCUCUGUUGUAAUGUGGAAAGGAUCCUCUGUUCUGUUUAGCUUGUACACAUCCACGACCACCUUGGUCUGAAGUUGACUGUAUAUUUUGAGAGGGAAAAUCACGUCGAGAGCAUGUCUAUAACACAUCUGUAGGUCUAUUGUAAUGACUAAAUGCAAAUAUCCAGUAACGGGUAUAUGAAAUCUAUGGAGUCUAUUCGAACAGCGUGACACCAGGUCCUUCGCCCAUCCAGCCAAGUCCUUACGUCACAUCACAUCACAAGGCAAUCAUCAGUGUACAUGUUUUGCGUAAAUUCUCGUUUUUAACUUCCUGAUUUAUAUCAUACAUUUCAACCUCUGACUCUCUCUCUCUCUCCUCUCUACCACCUCCAUCAUUCAUCCACUGGCAACAAAAAGAAAACAACAACAACGCAGAAAGCGAAAAAAUCCGCCCAAAACAGCUUUGCAACCUCGCAUGUCUGAAAUCCAGGCAUCGGGAGGACCAAAUGGGAAGAACAAAAACGAAAAAAAAGGCAGAAAUCAGAGUUUUUGUUGUGAAAAAGGUAAUAAUAAUAAUAAUAGUAAUAAAAUAUGUAUCGUCGAAAAUGCACCGGGCGUCGUCGUUUCGAGUCGCCCUGUUUCUUCUAAGCGGUCGUGAUGUCGCCUCGAUUCGAUUCGAUAAAAAAAUGAGCGUGCUCGUCUCUCCGGUCAUGCUUUCUUCUCCCUUUCUCUCGCCACGCAGGGGUUUCUGUCCAGCAGUGCCCUUUUCACAAGUGUGUUUCAAACGUGAAGAGAACAGCAUCAUGAGCAGAAACAAGCUGCCCCGGAUCCGUCCGCAGCGGGCGUCAAGAAAAAGCAGAAAAAGAGGCUCAAGUCAACGAGAGCACCCGCAAUGCUGUGCUUUCAACCAAAAUCGUCGUCUCCCUAUUUCCCUCGAAUUGUGAAAACGCCAAUGUUGCUCCCCCCAUCCCUUUUCCCUAGUUCCUGGAAUGCCCGCACUCGUCCUAGUUUUGGUCCAAGAGCGAGCAGUAGCAGUACGAAAAGUGAACAAUAUGAAACAAAAGAGAGAAAAAAACACUUCUUUUUGAUCUCCGUCGGACUGAGGGAAAUAGAACCAAGCUGCUUUGAUGGCUUCAAAUCGUGCUGUAAAAUCGAUUAUCAAAAAAUAGAUUGUUGUGGCAGAGGCCAAGCCCACCACCAACAGCAAACUGUGCGUGCAUCAAUCCCCCGUGGAUGCAAGUCAAAUUCCCUUUCGAGAGCCUCCUUUAUGGCCCUCGUUUGCGUUUGUGUACAACAAAAACUUGAAAUGAGAGUUUCGCCGUCGCUCUAAUGCAGACAAAAUGAAACAGCAAUGACUCAGAUUCUUUUUGUGCAGAAAACAAAACCCGGUGACAAAGGAAAUGGCCUUUCGGUAUAUAUAUGGAUUUUUUUGUUGGUAAAAAAGAGUUUUUAUGUGUGUUUUCGUUCGUAGGCCAGCUCAUUUAAGACUGGGCCUCCUCGGCCGCGGCCUCAGCUUCCUCUGCAUGGACGCCGUUUGUCGUAGCCUCGGUAUCGUGCUGGCCAUUGACAAUUGGUGAGCUCACAGAGGGAGCAAAGUCGGGUACGUUGGCAGAAAGCUGGGACGCCGCCUUGGACACGUCACCGUUAGAUGAGCCGUUGACAACGGGCGAGGCUGCCGCCUGCUGCUGCUGGGGGUCGACGUAGAGCUGCUGCUGUUGCUGCUGCAUGCUCAUGUCGGUCGGCGAACCGUAAUUGGGAGCAUAGCCCAUGAGCUGCAUGGCGUUGAACUGCUGGUUCAUGUUAAAAGGGCGGUUCUUAAACGUCAAGCGCGCAGGGCCACUGUUGCGAGCAAACUCAUCGCGCUCCUCCAUGGGGAGAAGCCACUUCUCCCAGCCGUCUCGGCGACGGACUCGCUCCAAAUCGUCCUCGCCAACGACAAGGUCCAACUCAGACGAGCUCUCGCAGACGGCACGGACCAUGGCAAUGUCUGUAGACAUAGUGCGAACACGCUUAAAGGCAGCAAUAAAGUGCAUGGGGACGAAGCCUUGGGAGUCCAUACGAGCUCGGAGGUACAUGUCCUUGCACAAGUUCUCAAUGGAGAAGUAGUACUCAAUCUGCGAGCGGAGCAUGUUGACGACCAUGUGGUCCCAGUACGGCUGGGGCUGGAAAGGCAUCGCCGACAUGGGGGCCAUGGGGUAAUCGUAAGGUCCGCCGUAGUGCAUCUGCAGUGGCGGUAUGCGGGUAGCGUUGUUGGGCAACGACAUGCGGUGGUAGUUGUUAGCACCGUUGCGGCCACCACGACCACCGCGUUGCGAAGGAGGCAUAAACAUCUGGCCCUGGCUAUUUUGGCGCGGAGGAGGGCUGUAGGGGCCCUGAGGACGGCUGCCUGCGUUAUGCGCGUUGAAGCCAGAAGGAAUGUGUGGUGACUGGCUCUGUCCGUUGACGGCAGGGCCAUUGGUGUUGACGCCAGAGUUGGCGCCGAGGUUGUGGUGUCCGCCGCGGCCGCGGUAACCACCACGUCCCCUGCCGUUGGGAGCAUUGUCAGAACGUUCGCGCCAGUUUUGGGCCUAAUGUUUUGGAGCAUGUGUUAGCGAUUGUUACAUUUGGGAAAGGCGAUCAGCAAAUCCACUUACAGCAGCAGCUGCACUGGUAGCAGCGGGAUCCUUGGCCUUGUCGCCAGAGGAUGGGUUAGAGACCUUUCGGGGCUCACGGAGUUGCGUGCCAUCGAGGGAGGCGCGCUUGUUGGUGGGAGGAAGGGAGGCGGUUCGACUAGCGCCGUUGGAGCUUUCGCGGCGGUUGCGAGAUUCAGCGGACUUGUUGGUCUGAGCUGCUGGGACCUUGUCACCGGCCUGGCCAGCAGCACCAGCAGGGCGGGUGCCGUUUACGGCACGGGCACCACCGCGGGGCUUGGAGCCUCGCAUCUGAGGAAGUUGUGUCUCGAAGCUGACGGUAGGGACAUAGUCGUAGGCAACCCACUUCUCCUUGGGACGGGAUUUGGCGGGAGCAGAUUCGUCUGUCGAGUCCUUGUCAGAGCGUUCCACCUUUUCAGCAGCGGGUGCAGCAGUAGCGGCCUUCUUCUUCUCCUCCUGAACGGCAGUCUCGGGCGUUGGCCAAGCAAUGUCGUCGUUGGCAGUGAGACCGUUCUUGCCGUCCUUGUCACCAACACGGGCACCACGAGCGCCGUUGCGAGGAGGGAGUUCUCCCCAUUUGCGUGCAGGGGGCUUGGCGACGCCAUUUACUGCCGAGUCGACAGACUUGUCAGCAGUGGAAUCGCUGGGAGCAGCAGAUGUUUCCGACGAUGCUGUUGUAGCCUUGGCAGGCUGAGCCGACGCCGUGUUAGAGGCGGUAGCAGCGGCAGCAGUAGUAGCAGCAGACGCGAGGACAAGCUUGGCCUUGGUGGUGGUGCUGUCUUUACGUUGCGUCCAUGGAUUGAAGGAAGGGAUCGGAGCCUCAAGAAGCUCGCCCUUGGGCUCGGCUUCCUCCUGAACCUUUUCAGCAUUGGCGGUUUUGGAAGAUUUAUCGCCCCCGCGUCCAAACUUCUUAACAAGACGGCCAGGGCGGUUCUCCUCAUCAAUAGAACCAGACAUGCUACCUCUGUCAGCCCUUCUCCAAGGGCGCUCAAGGCGGCCAGGAUCCUCCUCUCUUCGGCUGUCAGAUCGGCGACGGAAGCUGGGAUAUGAUGUUGAGUCGGCCUCGGAGCCAACCGUGCUCUCCCAGUCUUGUCGCUCAGCGGCGGGAGCGCGGUAAUAAAGGUAGGUGGGAGCGUCCUCAGCAGCAGGGGCAUCGGUCGUUGACGUUGUCGGCUCUUUGUUGGCGGUCUCGCUAGGGAGCGCCUCGGCAGCGUAGACAGCAGUAACCUUUUCCUUUACGGCAGGUUCUUGAGAAGCGGUGGUCUCCUUGGCAGCAGAGGCGGGAGCCGGGGCAGAAAAGUCGUCAUCAUCCAUCUCAACGGCAGAAGCCCAGUCGAUUGCGGACGGCAAGGGGAUGGUGGCAGUUUCCUGAGGAGGGGGUGUACCAGUAGGUGAUGGUGUUGCGGUGCCUUGAGCGGCCUGAGCAUACGAAAAAGAUGUGGCGGCCAUUGUGGCAGAUGCGGGUUGGAAUGCUGGGUCAAGUAUGUUUGAUGCAAGUAGAACGGGUAGAAAAAAAAUAAAGCUGUGCGAAAAAGACAGGGUUCAACGAACCAAGCCUCGAUAAUUUCUGGCAAGGGAAUUGAGAUUCAAUAACCUUGACAGAUGAUCACAGAGAUUGAUCUCCCGAGAAGUGCUAAACAGGACGUUGCGCCUCUCGAUCGUCGAUCAAAAACACAGCUAGUGCUGAGUACGACGUGGGGGAAUGAUGACUGCAAACAACACGAGGAAGACGAGUCGUUGCUAUUGACAGCAGUCACUUUUUGCCUGUUGCCAGACGGUGCCAGUAUACGCGAUUGCUCAAGGGCUGCAGUAGCAGUUAACCAAACACCCGAGGGGCGGUUUAUCGGAUAAGACUGAGAGCAGCAGAGCGGUUGCGAGUUGCGUAUAUGUUUUCUCGAAGACGGUGGUCGGAGAGAGCGGCGAUUGCAAACAAACGAGAGCAGGCGAGCAAGGCGCGUGCAAGACUAAUCUGAGAUGGGACAAAUUGCCCGUUUGUUGUCGAUGGACCAAGCGUGGGAGGGCGACAGCAGGGUGAGGCCGAGCUGAAGCAGACGAUGGCGAUGAGUCGUUUUUUUUCUCGAACAAAACGUGCGGAAGCGAAUCGGCUCGUCGAAGGGCAACUCAAUUGUCGACAAGAGACAGGCGAGUAGGCAAGGAUGAGUCGAAGCGAGGCAGAAACCGUAGAGCACGCGCAGGAUUUUUGCGUUUCGAGCGUCUUCUGUUUGGCUAAAGGGGACAGUAGCGUAGUGGGCAAGUAAAAAAAAAUAGAAUACAACCCAAGGCGAAUAAAUUAUCCAGACGAAGCUUGCGGGUUCGAAGUAAUAAAACGGCCGACAAGUGCUGAUACGAGGGAUAAAAUACGAGACCGGGGGAAGAUGUCGUGGAAUUCGCACCAAACGGACAAGGAAACGAAGGGAAUUGGGAGAGUGAAAAAGAAGAGAGGAGAAAAAUGCGAGGCUUUCGCAAGGGGACGCGAGGAGAAAGAGGAGCAAAGGCGGAGAAGCCUGAGGGCACAGCGGCCAGCAAAGAGGUACGGAGGCUCGGGCCAGCGACCAAGACGCACAAAAAAAGCCCUUUUGGGCGCCUGGGGCUGGGGCUACUGUAGCUUU